AUGCCAAUUCAGAAACCUGUCGAGGUUGUGGCUCCUCUGGGCUGGUCCACACUUGAGGGUUGUGUCGCACCGGCUCAGCAGGACCAGAUCCCGCCCGCUCGGCAGGUUCGGCAGGACUGGCUCUUGCCCACUGCUGCUUCACAGCUAGUCCAGACCCCGCCCGCUUGGCAGGACCAGACCCGACAGUUCGGUAGGACCAGACCCCAACCGUUCGGCAGGACCAGACCCCGACCGUACGGCAGGUCCAGACCCCGGUCGCCCGGCAGGUCUAGCUCUUUCCCGCUGGUCUCACAGCUAGUCCAGACCCCGGCCUCUCGGCAGGACCAGAUCCCGCCCCCUCGGCAGGACCAGAUCCCGCCCCCUAGGCAGGACCAUAUCCCGCCCCCUCGGCAGGACCAGACCUUGCCCGCUCGGCAGGUCCAGACCCUGACCAUUUGGCAGGACCAGACCCGACAGUUCGCUAGUCCAGACCCCGGCCUCUUGGCAGGACCAGAUCCCGCCCCCUCGGCAGGACCAGAUCCAGCCCCCUCGGCAGGACCAGAUCCCGCCCGCUCGGCAGGACCAGACCCCGCCCGCUCGGCAGGACCAGACCCCGCCCGCUCGGCAGGUCCAGACCCCGCCCGCUCGGCAGGUCCAGACCCCGACCGUUCGGCAGGACCAGACCCCGACCGUUCGGCAGGACCAGACCCCGACCGUUCGGCAGGUCCAGACCCUGACCUUUCGGCAGCUAGUUCAGACCCCGGCCUCUUGGCAGGACCAGAUCCCGCCCCCUCGGCAGGACCAGACCCCACUGAAAAAUGA